AUUGAGAUUAGGCGUUAUUAACGAUAUUGGUCAACAGCCAUUUGAAAUUUCCGGCUGACGUUUGCUCACUAGUUCAUCUUAAAAGCGACGACAAACAUGGUUUAUGCGCUGAUAAUUUGCAUAUGGAAAAUUGUAGAAGACCGAAGUAGGUCUACUGACAAUCGCCUUUUCAACACCUGCGCCUAGCUCCGAGGAAAUACUUCGUGAAUACAGCUUUUAGCUAGCCAGCAGCUCUUAUUUGGUUGUCUAAAAGAAAGUACCUGAAUUAGACUUUAAUGCUAUUCAAGAUACGGCGGCGUUAGUUGUCAAAAAAUCUUGACGAAACAGCUAGGGAAAUCUUCACUUUUGACCAUGUUAAAGUCAGUUACCAAAAGGCUCAAACCUCUAAUCACUGCGAAGCUGAAUGAGGAAUAUCUAGCCAUCUCAAACGAGUCUAAUUUGUACUGUCUGAAUUACAUCGAAGCGCGGUUUAAAAGGCGUAAUAUAGAAUCUGGGUUGGAGUUCGUGAGACCGGAUUAUGUAUCAGAAACAAGCACUACCGUCUCGAUCAAAAUUGUGGAAGUUGGAUCCCUGCUCGAAGACGCUUACCCUCACUUAUUCACGAACGUUUCUAAACAUCUUCGGGUUAGACUACGAAGUGAAGUCGUCAUCAAUGAGGUUUUUAAAACAUUUGGAAGGGAGCUUUUUCGAGAUGGCGCGACAUGGGCAAAGAUUACCGCUCUUUUUGCGUUCGCGGCGUCCAUCAGUGAGGACUGUGUGCUGCAAGGAAGACAAGAGCUUGUCAAGUGCAUACUGAACUGUGUUCGGAUGUAUAUUCAUGAUCAUCUAGCUGUGUGGAUUAGAAAUCAAGGCGGAUGGCCACAGAUUGUAGAAACGUUCAAGUGCAUCGAAAAGAGGCGCUCAGCUUACUUUUGGUUCAUUUAUUACAUCAAAUCCUACGUGUAUUCCUUGACACAAGAGGCUCAACAAAGGAUCAACAAUUCAUUGCUGUCCUUGUACGAAGUUUUUGAGCUUUUAAACUUCGGCUAAAUUUGGAUAUACAUCAUGUGGUGUUUUUAAAAAAUAUCGAAAAAUCUUUGCCCGCGUGCGUUGUCUCCACGUCUAUAACAUGGUGAUUCUGAUUGGCUGAGAUAUGAUUGAAAGUAAUGUCUAGAUAUGGAAUUUGAUGCCGGAAGACUGAGAUACAAACUAUGCCACAUAUGUAUGGCUUUCAAAAGUGGAAAUAAUCUGGAUCACUGGAAUCAAGUAUUAUUCGUUUUCAUGGGCAUAUCAGGCACGAUUUCUGGAAAGACUUGAAACAAGAGAAAAUGAACUAAGAGAAGGAAUCUCUGGUAUUUAUGCUUGUUAGCAUCACAGGCAUCGUUUAAUGCUUGAUUUAGAAACAUCUUUGCCACCGUUAGUUCGUUUUUCUGCAGCUCAUACUGCGUACACUAUAUGCUGCUUGCUCACGUCUUUUUGAAGAAAAAACAACAACAGAAAAACAAAAGAUCAAAUUAAUGAUUCUAAAAAUAGAAUGAUUGAUUCUAAAAAUAGCAUAUAAGAUUCUAAAAAUAGCAUCGAAUUUAAGAGUGCUCAUGAUGGGGCGCGGAGAUUCCUUCUCUUGUUCAUUUUCUAUUGCUUGAAAUUCGUGGCUUUUCACGCAAUUUUGUCUCAUUUCUCAUUGUCGUCAAAUACUUUAUAUGGGGAUAGUAGCCCCACUGGACUAGAGAGUAAAUCUUAAUUUCUCUACUGAAUACUAGUAAUAAUAUUCCAAUUGAAUAAAUAGAAAAUUGCUUUUUUUU